UUCAGAAAAAUGGUGAUUACAGAUUUCAACUACAGCUAAAAUAUGAAAGCUGUAUCUACUGUUGAGAAGAAUGGGCGAGCUGAACCUGUUUAUAAUCUUAUAGCUGGAGGGGUCAGCGGGCUCCUUUCUCUUACUGUUGGGCAUCCGUUCGAUACAGUGAAGGUCCGGUUGCAAACAAUGAAACCGGUUUUUUGUUAUGUAACAGGUGUAGAGAAACUACCGUACUCCAGUGGUCUGGACUGUUUAAGAAAGUGUAUAGUAAAUGAAGGCUUCCCAUCAUUAUAUAGAGGAAUGGGUGCCCUUGCUUUAUUCUCAUUACCUAGAUUUUCAAUAAUGUUCUACACCAACUCAUGGGGAAGAAUAUUUGGAAAGAAAAUCGAAGAAAAAUGUACACAACCAGGAAACUUGGCAUCCUCUGAUCAGCUGAUCAAUAUUUCCCGCCAAAAUAAUUCUACGCGUUUCCGUCCUGAGUUCAGCACCACACAAAUCCUCACGGGCACAAUUAUAUCACAGUUGGUAGUAGUUCCAUUAAUUGUAAACCCACUAGAGCGAGUGAAGGUUAUUUUACAAACCUGUCCUGAACAUAAAGGACAGUUGGACUGUUUUAAACAUAUUCUACGGAGUGAAGGUGUUCAAGGAUUAUUUAGAGGAACCACGUUAACUCUAGCCAGAGAUAUACCUGGGUUUGCAACAUACUUCCUGGUUUACGAACAUCUUAGGACAUUAGUCAGACAAGAGAAUACAUCUGUUAGUCUGACUACAACAGCAUUUAUUGGUGGUUUAGCUGGAAUGAUUGCCUGGUCAGUUCAAAUACCUGUGGAUAAUCUUAAAAAUAGACUUCAAGCUUCUAAAGAUAUGGGUGGAGUUCGGUUACAGUCAGCCCUGAAGAAGAUGUAUUUGGAGGGAGGGAUCUCUCAAUUGUAUAGGGGUAGUGCAGUCGUACUUCUGCGUGCUUUCCCCGCGAAUGCCGCAACAUUUGUUGGAUACGAGUGGACCAUUCAGCUGUUGCAACAGAUUAAUAGGAAUAAUUUGUAAUAUUUCAACUUAUGUAAUUGAUCGUUUUUAUUACACUGAUCUAACAUAUUCGCCUUGGAAUUAUUAUGUAACUUUUGCUCAAAGCUAACACCGGGUAUACACAUCACAUUUUGUAAUUUGUAAGCAUAACUGGGCCGUGCUUAUCGGGGGGUAUGUUUUCCUACAAUCUUAUUAUAAAAAUAGUUCAUUUAUGCUAUUCUUUUGCACAUUUUUGUGCAUCAAAGUUAAAAUAAAUGCAAUGUGCUGAAUGAUGAUGGGUUUCAAUUUUUGCCAGAUGAAUUCACUACAAUAGUUCUAUAUUCAAAUUACAUAUAAAUACGAAUGUAAUCCAACCUUUAAAAAUCUAACCCCUGUGUUCUACUAGCAAAACUAUUUUGAUUUAGAAAAUUUUUGUAAGACAUUUCUGUAACCAAAUUGAUAAAGAGCAAAAAAAAACUCCUAUUAGCAACUUUUUUUGUGCAUUAUAUUAAAGGGACUAUCAACUUAAUUUUAAUUAACUCCUAAAUUAAAAUUGUUACACACCUGAUUCAAAACGGUGCACUUAGUACUUUAAAACACUGAGAAAGAUAUCUUUUUCCGUUUUAAAAAGAUUUUUUAAAAUCUCUAAAUUUCCUUCAUUAUUUCUGCUUCUUUCAUUAGCUAAGAACCACAAUUGAAAAAUAUCAAUUAUUAAUCAUUUUUGCCGUGACAAAGACUUGUAAAUCGGGUAUUUAACUCUGUAAGUGAAUAAUCAUGUGAAAUUAUGUCAAUAAUCUCUUUAAGGAAUUAAAUGUGAUAUUUUACUGUCCAAUCAAUAUGAAUUUAUUAUUUAUAUUGAUGUCAAUUUAAUGACUUAUGCAAAUAAACUAUUUUCCUGCUGGUUAA